CCGGAAAGCGCGGCGGCCGCUCCCAGCCACUGCGGUAAACUGCCCGAGUCACGCGAGUGUCGCGAAGUGGCGUGCCGUAAAGCGCGGCGGAAGAUGGCGGCCGUGGUGCAGCCGUGGGUCGGGCCGGGGCUGCCCCGGGACUGGGCCGAGGAGCCCGUCAGCACCGGCACCACCAUCAUGGCGGCCGAGUUCGAUGGCGGCGUCAUCAUCGGGGCCGAUUCCCGCACCACCACGGGGUCCUACAUAGCCAAUCGCGUGACGGACAAGCUGACCCCCAUCCACGACCGCAUCUUCUGCUGCCGCUCGGGCUCGGCCGCGGACACCCAGGCUGUGGCCGAGGCCGUGGCCUAUCAGCUCGCCUUCCACAGCGUGGAGCUGGAGGAGCCGCCGCGGGUGCGCACGGCCGCGCGCCUGUUCCAGCAGACGUGCUACCGGUACCGCGAGGAGCUCAGCGCCGGCGUCAUCGUGGCCGGAUGGGACCCGCGGCGCGGGGGGCAGGUGUACGUGGUGCCGCUGGGGGGGCUGCUGCUGCGGCAGCCUCUGGCCGUGGGGGGCUCGGGCAGCUCCUACGUUUACGGCUUCCUCGACGCCGCCUUCGCGCCCGGCCUGAGCCGCGCCCAGUGCCAGGAGCUCGUCACGCGCGGUGGGUCCGCCGGGGGGCGCCGGGGGUAUGGGGGGGUAUGGGGGGGCUGUGGGGGGUAUAGAGAGGUGUAUGGGGUGCUAUGGGGAGGCUAUGGGGGGUAUAGAGGGGGGUAUGGGGGGCUAUAG